AAAAAAUUGUAAAAUAUGCAUGUUCCACUAUGUGGUGCUCAAUAAUUCUUCCAUCUAUAAAUAGAUAUAAACUCCAGAAGCCGAAUGAGAACAAUUCCUAAUUAAGGAAGACGAAGGAACUAGCUAGUUUAUUUUUAAAAAAUGAGACCAGUCUCCCAAGCUCUUUCCUUCUUCUUCCUCUGUAUAAUCUGCACUUAUUUUUGCAAGAAAGCCAUUAAAACGUUCCCCAGUUCAACCUUCCUAAACUACGUCGUUCUCAUUGCUACUCAGCUAAAAUGGGCCUGGGAUUUCCUUCUCCUUCAAUCUUUCUGCCAAGCUCGACCAUCUUACAAGUUCGCGGCGGCGGCGGCGGGGGUGUCGCUGGAGGUCGGAGUAAGGCAGUUUGAAGGUGGGCCGGAGGGUGGCGGUAGCAUGGAAUGCGCUGUUUGUCUGUGCAAGAUGGAGCAAGGGGAAGAGGUUAGAGACUUAAAGUGUGAGCAUGUCUUUCAUAGGGUGUGUUUGGAUAGGUGGUUGGGCACAGGCCGAAUGACAUGCCCAUUGUGCCGCAACCACGUUAAGCCGCCCAGGGCGGCGCUGUCGGGGCACCAUGAGGAUGUUAUCGUGUUAGAUGUCUUCGGCGGUAGACGCCGUGAUCGCUGCACAUGGUGGUUGAGGUGAUAUAACCGAACUGACUUAUAUGUAUAGUUGAGAUUAUAUUCCAAUAAAAAGAAGCUAGCCUUUGAUGUAGAAUUAGAAUGAAUCUCGAUCGUUAGAUUAGACUAUGUUGAAGAGAAAAAAGCAUGAUGCACAGAAAUAUGCACCUUAGCAUGGUAAAAUUUUCAUAAAUACUUGUGAAAGAUCCAUAUUACAUUUGUCUAAUGCAACAUGAAGAUGUUUUCG